CGACCAGCUGCGCAGCUGAUCGCAGCCCUCCGCGGUUGUUAUCUACAGUGCGGAGGGUUACGGGUCUGUCUGCAGUUCAGCUGCCUGACGCGGGAUCUGUGGAGUCAGUCCAGACUGCUGGAUUUACCCAGCAGGCAUGGUGGGCAACUGCCCCUGGAGUAAGGACCACCCUAGGAGCCCCGGAGUCCGUUCGCUCCCUGUCGUUGGGCUUCAGUCAUUUGAUGAAGUGCUGUUGUUUGAGAAUCAGUUUGCACCACUCAAAUACAGAAGCAGCUAAGGCAGGCAGCGUGUCCCGUGGCUCUGUCCUGGAGAGGGCUCCCUUUAAUGUCUGUGGGCCUCUCAUGGCACAUAGUUCUAAAUACAUUUGUGUUUCUCAACACACCACUCUACAUGUUAUAUGUAUGCCGAAAGAGCUGGUGGUUGUUAGGAAAAGAUCACUUCAUGGCAAGGUGGAGAGAAACUGUUACAUAAGUGUUUCCAAGAAAUGUGUCAGAUGCAAAGAGGCGAGUGCAGCUGUGGUCAUCAGAGCCGGAGACACAUACUGCAGGGGCUGUUUCAAGGAAUACUUCAUUCACAAGUUCAGAGCCAUGCUGGGCAAAAACAGGAUCAUUUUCCCUGGAGAGAAGGUGCUGUUGGCUGUAUCCGGAGGUCCUUCGUCCUGUUCAAUGCUUAGUCAAGUCCAAGAGGGUCUGAGUCAGAAUGCUCACAAGAAGUUGAGAUUCUUACCUGGCAUUGUCUACAUUGAUGAGGGUGGUGCUGUAGGUCAGACUGUGGAGGAGAGACAGCGGACGGUGGCUGAGCUGCAGGCUGUAUUCAAAGCUACUGGUUUCCCCUUUCACAUUGUGCCUCUUGAACAGGUUCUGGACCUUCCCAGUUCAGUCGUGAUUACAGCCCCACCCCCCUCAGAGCAACCGGCCAGCGCCUACAAAGUGGCUGUGGAUCAAUUUAUUCAGAGCAGCAGCAGCAGCAGCAGCUCUUUGACACCACAGGACCAGGAGCAAGUAUCGCUGCCAGAGGUUCAGGAGUCGCACACACAGUUCCUGCAGCGGCUGACUGGUUCAGCGAAGACACUGACGGCAAGACAAGACCUGCUAAACACACUAAGGCAGCAUCUGCUGGUGCACACAGCUCGUACUGAGGGCUACAGUAAACUGAUGCUGGGAGACAACUGCACCAGACUGGCGGUCAAACUACUCACCAGUAUAUCACUGGGCAGAGGAGCACAGCUGGCUCAGGACACGGGUUUCUCAGAUUCCAGGUAUGGUGACAUAAUAUUAGUGAGGCCAAUGAGGGACUACUCAGCCAAAGAAGUAGCUUACUACAACCAUAUGUUCAGUGUGCCCUCUGUUUUCAUACCAAGCCUGGAUACUAAGAAAACAGACAAAGCAAGUAUCCAGCGUCUGACCGAGAGCUUUGUCAGUAAACUGCAGGCAGACUUCCCCUCUACUGUCAGCACCAUCUACAGGACCAGUGAGAAGCUGCAGACAGCGUGUAGGAGCUCCUCCACAGCUGACCACCCUGACAGGUGUCUGCUCUGUAUGUGUGCUCUGGACACUGCUGCUGAGAAUGCUUCAGCCUUUCAAGCCACACUGACCUCAGAGCAGCUCUCCCAGAUUAAAUCUCCAGGAGCUACCAGGACUGAGCUCCCAAGACCGAACCCAGCUCCGGUGGAGCCAGAAUCAACUGCUUCCACCGGACAGUGCUGUUCUUCUGGAGGAGGAGAGGAUUGUGGGAGAGCAGACAGUGGCUGCUGUUCUUCUGCCAAGGAACCGAAGUCAACCGAUCUAAAGAGCCUGUUGUGUUACAGCUGUCAGCUGACCAUCAAAGACAUGUCGUCAGUGGAACACCUCCCUCAGUACAUCCUGUCAGAGGCGUGGAGGAGGCAGAGGAGGUCUCAGAUGAGAGAGGAGAUCAGUGAGUUCCUGCUAAACGAUGCUGAUGAAGUUUGGAAUUCAAAGGCUGGUGAAAACUGAUGUUUGACGUAUGGAGAACUGGAACAGAUGUCUUGUGAACCAGACAGCAGAUCAGUUUGAAACAGAUUUUGUAUUUGUAAUUGUUGUUAUAACAAACCUUCAAGUUUUUAUUUAAAGCUACUUCCAAGCCAAUAAAAAGACCUUUUUUCCGUC